GAUAACUCAGUUAUUUCCUAUGAACAGGAUAACUCUGUUAUUUCCUAUAAACAAGAUAACUCGGUUAUUCCUUAUGAACAAAAUAACUUGGUUAUUCUCGAUGAUAAUUCAAAUUCAGCAUCUUUAGAAGAAAAUUUGAAUACACUACUAAGAGAAUUCGAUAUUGAACCACAAAAUAAUGAAGAAAAUAUUUGGAUUCAAAUUAAUACAAAACUUCAUAUGACUUUUGGAUAUAAUGAUUAUCUAGAUUAUAGUAAAAUUACACUUAAAAAUUUGAAAUUUGCUGAUAGUUUUCCAAUAGUUUCGUGGGUUGAUAAAAUUGCUAACACAUUCAGUGAUGAUUGGGAAACAAAAAUUUCUAAAUAUUUUGAUGAUAAUUUCGAAGAUAUCAAUAACAGUGACAAUCCUGAUAACUUGGAAUUGAAAUCGAAUAAAAAAAAUGAUUCAUCAGGAUUUGGUAUCGCUUUUACACCAAUUUCUUUCGGUGAUAAUCUUAGAUUUAUUAAAGACGGAUUUAAAGAAUGGAAAAAUAGAGAUACAAUAAUCGAUAGAAUGCAAUUAGAAAUAAACACUCCGAUCGAACACCAAGAAUUACCUUUGAAAGCAAGAAUUUCGGAUAGAAUCCCUUUAGGUGAUAAUGUAGAAUUCAAAAUAGUUAGAGAAUGGAUUAGGAAUUGUGUUAUGAAAAAUCUUAACAUUAAAAAAAGAUAUGAAAGCCUUGCUCAAGCUGGAGCCACCCCAAGGGACUUCCAAAUGUCAACCAAACUCGAUUUUAACAAUUUUUUAGAAAAGCUUUCACAAGAAAAAUAUCGUACAUUUAACAUUUCGCAAAACGAUAUUGAAGAGUUUUUUUCGGAAUUUUUUAAAGAAACUGCAUCGAAUGACAUGGAAAUAGAUGAUUAG